CUUGAACACCGGAGCACAAUCUAAACUGACAGUGCGUAAUCGUCACCACAACGCGGUAAUGUCCAGGCAAGCUUCCCAAGUUAAGAAUCGGGCUCCGGCACCGAUUCAAAUUUCGGCCGAACAAAUUUUACGCGAAGCCGCCGACCGCCAACAAGCGCACGAAAUCGAGCCGAUCGUGAAAAUCCAUGACGCCGAGGAAUACCAGGCUCAUUUACGCGAUCGAAGGAAGCACUACGAGGAUAAUAUUCGUUACCGACGGGAAGAUGUAGGGAAUUGGGUCAAGUACGCACGAUUUGAGGAAGAAAAUAAAGAAUUUGAACGGGCACGGUCCGUUUACGAACGAUCUCUCGAAGUGGACCAUCGCUCGGCGCAAUUAUGGUUGCGGUACGCCGAGUUUGAGAUGCGGCAAGAAUUUAUCAAUCACGCACGGAAUGUGUUGGACCGGGCCGUCCAGAUCUUGCCCCGUGUCGACUUUUUGUGGUACAAAUACGUAUACAUGGAAGAAAUGGUCGGGGAUCUGCCCAAAACAAGAGCUGUUUUCGAGCGAUGGAUGGAAUGGAUGCCUGAUGACAACGGUUGGUUGAGUUACGCUCGCUUUGAAACACGUUGUGGAAAUGUAACACAAGCCGACAGCAUCAUGCGGAGAUAUGUAAAUACAUAUCCGUCCGCGAGGGCAUUUCUGCGAUUCGCCAAGUGGGCCGAGUUUGAGGCCAAGGACGUUGCCUUGGCACGCACCAUUUUCGAAUCCGCCUUAUCCGAAUUGGAGCCCGAAGAAUCUCGGCAAGCUCGAGUUUUCAAACAAUUUGCGUCUUUUGAAGAGCGACAGAGGGAAUACGAUCGAGCAAGAGUCAUUUACAAGCACGCCCUUUCCUUACUCCACCUUGGCGAGACACCGUCGUUAGCUGAUGAGGAAGACUUGACUAACGCCGAGCGCACCAAGCGAGAGGAACUGUACAAAGCCUACAUCACGUUUGAAAAGAAACACGGAGAUCGCCAAGGAAUUGAAGACGUCAUUGUUACGAAGCAACGCGCGCAAUAUAGGGAGCGGGCAGCGGAACAUCCCUUUGACUACGACUGCUGGUUCGAAUGGGCCAAACUGGAAGAAGAACACGGUAGCGUUUCGGCAGUUCGCGAAACUUACGAAAAAGCCGUGGCAAAUGUACCACCUUCGGAACAGAAAGAUCAUUGGCGGCGGUACAUCUAUCUAUGGAUAUAUUAUGCUGUAUAUGAAGAACUUGUGAAUGCCGACUUAGAUAGGGCCUUCCAAGUUUACGAAACCUGCUUGAGCAUCAUACCCCACAAGAAAUUCAGUUUUGCCAAAAUAUGGAUACAAGCAGCCAAGUUAUUGAUUCGACGUCGGGAGCUUACGGCUGCGAGAAGACUCUUGGGUAGAGCGAUCGGACAGUGUGGUAAGGAGCGCAUUUUCAUUGAGUACGUUGCACUUGAGCUAGCGCUGGGUGAAGUUGAUCGAUGCCGCAAUCUAUAUAGCAACUAUCUCAAGGCAAUGCCACACAAUUGCAAAGCAUGGUUCAAGUAUGCUGAUCUGGAAAAGUCGGUUGGCGAAACAGAACGUUGCAGGGCUAUUUUCGAAUUGGCUAUUGCACAACCCGCUUUGGACAUGCCGGAAAUGCUCUGGAAAGGGUAUAUAGAUUUUGAAAUCGAAGAAAAUGAAGGGGAGAAUGCUCGAAAGCUAUAUGAACGGCUGUUGGAGCGAACAAGUCACGUGAAAGUCUGGAUAUCGUACGCACAAUUCGAAGGUACCGACAUUGGCAAGGGGUUGGAAGGAGCUCGCGCAGUGUUCGAGCAAGCCUACGAUCACCUCAAAGCCCAAGGGCUCAGUGAAGAACGAGUGUUGCUGUUGGAUGCUUGGCGAGUAUUUGAGAAGAGCAAUGGUAGCCAAAAAGACGUGGCAGAUGUGGAGGCCAAGAUGCCGCGGAGAAUCAAGAGAAAGCGUAUGCGCGAAGACGAAAGCGGCAAAGAUCUUGGCUGGGAAGAAUAUUUCGACUAUCAGUUUCCAGACGAUGAAGGCGGCGCUUCCAACAACUUCAAAAUUUUGGAGAUGGCUGCAAAGUGGAAGCAGCAAAGGGCCGAAGCAAGCGAUGAUGAUUCGGAUCUUGACAGUAAUGAAUAA